CAAAAUGGAGGCGUAUAAUAUUUUUGUUUGGCAUAGAAUAUAAAAAAAUCCGUACCCGUGUGUGCAAGAAGCGCCGUAAACAAUCGCCGUAAAAGCGGACAAAACGAAGCGCGCUCGCGUUUAUUGGCAGGGAUCGGGAUCCGCUGGAAGAGAACCGUUUAUCGCCAUAUCGUUGGAAAGGCCGAAAGCCCGGAGGAGUUCCGAAUUUGUCACUUUUAUUGUUGGUUGGUUCCCCGCCCCCGGGAAACCGCUAAUUGGAUUGGACUGGAAAUAGGGGGAGAGGGAGGGAGUGGGCGAGGGAGAGAGAGGAUAGGUGGACCCAAAGAGGACGCCGCGAUGGCCACCACCCAGCAAUACUCGCUGCGGUGGAACAACUACCUGCGCCACCUCACAUACUCCUUGGACAACCACCGGCUGAACGACGACUUCGUGGACGUCAGCCUGUGCGUGGACGGACGGAGGAUCAAGGCCCACAAGGUCGUCCUCUCGUCCUGCUCGUCGUACUUCAAGGAGAUCUUCAAGGAGAACCCCCAUCCGCAUCCAGUCAUUAUAUUUAAGUUCAUCAAGUUUGAGGAUCUCAACUCGAUCAUCGAGUUUAUGUACCAGGGCGAAGUCAAUGUGCAGCAGGAGGCGUUGCAGUCGUUCCUGCAGACGGCCGAACUCCUGGCCGUCCAGGGACUUACCGCCGAGGAGAAGGAGAAGCCACAGCUGCCAGUGGCGCCGCUGAUCAGCGAGCACAAGCUGAUCAAGACCAUACCGAGCACCAUUCGCGCGGUCAACGAGCAGCAGCAGCAACAGCAGCAGCAGCAGCAGCAACAGCAGCAGGUGACCAAUGUGGGCCAGGCGCAAAACGCGACGCAAACCAUCGAAAUACCCACGGCUACGUUGCUGCAGGCAACCACCGCCAGCCAGGUGCAAUCGCAGGUGGUUGCAGCCGCCGCUGCAGCGGCACAGCAGCUGCAGCAGGUCCAGCAGCAGCAGCAGCAACAGCAUCACCAUGUACAAACCACCCAGAUCCAGCACAUCCAAGUGCAAUCUGCACCACUCCCGCAGCAGCAGCAACAGCAACAGCAGCAGCAGCAAUCCCAGCAACAGCAGCAGCAGCAGCAGCAGACGACGCCCGUGCAGACGCAACACCUGACCAUCACCAAUGCGGUGGCCCUGCCGGCGGCCAGUUCGGUGAAGAAGCGCAAGAUCACCUUCUCCGACGACGACGACAACAUCUACACCACCGAAACAGUUGACUAUGCCGUCAAGGAUGAGCAGACCAUAGUGAAAACUGCCGAGAUGACUUUCCUGCGCGGCGCCGUCAAGAUGGACAUACCCGACUAUAUUGUGGGCGAGGUGGAUGACCGCCUGUCGGAUGGAGCCACGCCCCAAACGUCGCAGGACGCCACCACCGGAGCGGCCCAGAAUGUGGCCCAGUAUUCUUCCGAAUACGAGAUACUCACCGAAUCCGAAAUGGAGGAAAAGUAUCAGGCGGAUGCGGAAAACACCGAAAUUGAAAUGACUCGAUUGCUGGGCACCGCCAGCGGGACGGGGGGUGCGGGUUCCGGCCAGGUGAUGGAUGAUGCGGGUGGCGGCGGUGCGACGGGUCCCUCGACUACGGUGUCUGUGACGCCGGUCAAACAAUCUGACAACAAGGCCAGCGGGACGAAUGUAGCAAUGAAACAGGAACCGGGAGCUGAGCCUACCGUUCAACCAGCAGCUCAUGAAAGCGGACGCACUGCACCAGUACCUGCACCGGCGACACCAGGAAGUGAUGAGGAAAACGCCCAGGACACCGGCCUCGCACCACUGAGCUGCAGCUUCUGCAGCCGGCACCUGAAGUCGGUCAAUGCCCUGCGACGACACAUUGCAUCCAGGCACUCGGAGAUCCAGGGAAAGGAGCACGAGUGCUUCAUCUGCAUGAAGAGCUUCAAGACCAAGUGGUCGCUGUCCACCCACAAUUCCCGAUUCCAUCGCGAAAUGGGCUGCUCGACCAAGGGAUUCACCAAGAUCGAGUAUUCCGACCAUUGAUUUUGAGUUAAUUGAGAUGAGUGCAUGUGCAAUUGGGUCAGAGGUGCUCAAAAUACUGCCUUUUGGCCGUGCAUUUACCAACACAAUUUAAGAAAAUCCAGCACACAUGUCGAGAAACAGAAAAAAAACCAAUUUCUGUUGGAUUAGCGAUGAAAAAAACAGUCUUAUAAGCAUCACAAAGAUCAUCUUCCUAUAUUGUGUGCAGUUGCAAAAACAAUAUAUGUAUCUUAUAUAUUCUGUUGUAUUCUAUUUGUGGCAUGCGAAUUGAAACCAUCUUAACCAGCCAACUCUUGAGGAUCAAACUGAAGAGUAAUACUAUUGUUAAAUACAAAUGUUAUAGCUGAGAUGUAAGUUAGUAUCUAUAAACAAAAAUUUCGAUAUUUUUGGUCCCCAUUUGCAAAGAUAAGCUAGGUGAUAAACGAAGAGCACGAAAAUGCAGAUAUUUUAAUUUAAUGAAAUGUAUAAUUAAAAAAAAAAUUGUUAUUGUCCCUUAGAUUUUCUGUUCACUGCGCUUUUCAGCUUCUAUAAUGUUUAUACUUCUAAUUAUUAUCUUUUUUUAGUAGCAGACUGAACAGUUUCUAAAAAGUUUUCUUCUUAGAAUUUAAAUAUUUCAGGCUUUAAAAAGAUGCAUAUUUUUAAAACAAUUUAUUUAGUUUUUGGUCGACUGAUGCCUCUCUUUUGUUAAAAUAUUUCCUUAAGUACGUGUACAUAUUCCAGCUACUGUAUAAAACAUAUAUCGAUACGAUCCGAUCCACCCCAAAAUAAAACUCCAUAGUUAUGAUAUGUAUGAA